GUCGAACCUACCCACUUUGUGUUUCCACGUAUCAUCACCGUAAUCCGUAAUGGUGUGAAGCCACGAAGAGUUGUUCGCCAUCUCUUGAAUAAGAAGACGGCAAGAUCGUUCGAUCAGGUCAUGACGGAUCUCACGUGUGUGGUUAAGCUUGAUAGUGGUGCUAUCCGGAAACUGUUCGCUUUAGGGGGCAGUGCGGUGCUCACAUUGCAAGACUUUUUUCGAGAAGACGAUGUUUUCAUAGCAUAUGGUAACGAAAGGGCCAGCGCCGACGACUUUUACGUUGAGGAGUAUAAACGCCUCUAUUCUGGUGGAGUACGUCGUGGUGGUCGACGAGGUGUGACCUCUCGUCCACGAGUGAUGCCAGCUCGAAAUGAAAGUCUGCGGGAUGAUCGCUGUGGUAGUGUGGUGCCAGAUGAGUUAGCACGCAAUCUCCCUGCUGAACUGGAUGAGAGAUUCACUGUGUUACGAUUGCUCGGUGAUGGCAACACCGCGCUUGUGUACGAGGUCAUGGAUCGACGGACGCAAGAACAUGGCGCGUUGAAAGUGAUUGCGCGUGACUCGGCCGUUGGAAAGAUUGCGCUGAUUGAAAGCGAACUGGCCAUCAUGAAACGGAUCGAACACCCAUUCAUUGUGCAAAUGUUUGACAACUGGACAAUUGACGGCGCUUAUUACCUGUCACUGGAACUGGUUGAGGGCGACCUGUUUGAACAUCUCUGCGUUGUAAGGCGGAUAAGCGAACGUCAAGCUGCCCGUCUGACCAAGGGCUUAGCACAAGCGUUGACGUAUCUUCACGACAAUUCUAUAGUUCAUCGAGAUGUGAAACCAGAAAAUUUAUUGCUCUAUACUGCUCCACAUGGUGAGUUCGAGUUGAAACUUGCUGACUUUGGCUUGGCCACUGAGUUACCUGAAGAUGGAGGAAAACUGACGGUAAUUUGCGGUACGCCAACAUAUGUAGCGUCGGAGGUCAUUCUGGAAACGGGUUACGAUGAAAAGGUGGACAUUUGGGCGACAGGAGUGAUUCUAUACGUGAUGCUGUGUGGAUUCCCACCAUUUCAAAGAACCUUACUUGAUUGA